GGGAGCGGGCUGUGAGGGCAGAGCGGAGCUGCCGGGCCCGUGAGGCCGCGGCUCACACGGCGGCCGGGCCCGUCCCGCUGCUGCCCCGGAAGAGGCGGAGCGGGCGGGCGGCCCCACGUGCGGCAGCGGCGGCGGCGUGGCCGGGAUGGCGGGGACGGAGGAGAUGGAGGAGAUAGAGGGGAUGGAGGGGAUGGAGGAGCGGGGCGGCGGGGUGACCGACCCCCGCGGGGUGCUGCGGCAGGGCCGCGCCUUCCUCGACUUCUUCUGGGACAUCGCCAAGCCGGAGCAGGAGGUGCGGCUGGCGGCCACCGAGAACCUCCUGCAGCACCUGCGGCAGGGCAAGAAGGACGAUGAGCUGAAGUACACCCUGAAGCGGCUGGUGGAGGGACUGGGAGCCACCCGCGAGGCCGCCCGCCCUGGCUUCAGCCUGGCCCUGGCGCAGGUUUUACAGACUUUUGAGGAAAUUCCACUGUGCAGUGUCCUGAAACAGAUAAAAGAAAAGCACAAUCUGGAAAAAGUGAAGAAGAAACUUGUGAGAAAUGCUGCUUUUGGGAACUUUUUUGGAGUUAUGGCUCUGUUCCAGUCUGGGCGGCUUGUGAAGGACCGGAAAGCUCUGCUGGAGAGCAUCCAGCUUCUGCAGCAGCUGACAAACCACCAAACACACCUCCGAGAUCUCCCACGCAGAACUCUCAUCGACAUCACCUCUGAGGUUCCUGAAAGUGUGUUUGAGGAGGUACUGUUUGACAUCUUGCAAGGUGACCUCUCUUCAGCCUUCACAUCUCCAGAGAACCUGCACCUUUUGCUUGUGGGCAUGAGGAAAUUCCCUGGUGUACUGAAACCUAAAAAGCUGAAGAAGCUGUUUGGCUCACCUACAGUUGUAAAUGAGGAGAAUAUUCCCAGACUUGUAGAGCUUCUGAAAAGUGCUGCCAAGUCUGAGAAGGAGGACAAGAAAUUGCCCAGUGUAGUGUUUGAUUUGCUGCAAGUUGCCCUGAAGGAAGGUGCCUUUGAGCUCUUCUGGAAUGAAGCUGUGGAGAACGGGCUGUUGAAGGAGAAACCAGGACCCGUGAGUUACAUGUGCUACCGGUUGCUGGGCAGUGCUCUCCCCGUGCUGUCCCUGGAGCAGCUGCAGGUGGUUCUCAAAGGGAAGGUGAUGCUGCACUAUGGAGAACAUGUGAUAGCAACUCAGCUUCCACAGGGGUUUAAGUUUGCUGCAGAGAUGGAAGGCUACAUAGAUAAAUUCCUGAGUGACUGCGAAGACCCGGAGAGGCAGCUGGCUGUGAUGAUGGGCUUCUCUACCCUUACCCAUCAGGGGAAGCCAGUGUGGCUGAGCGCUUCCAAGGUAGUCAGACACCUGCAGGCAGUGGCCUUGCAAAAAUACGUCAGCUGGCUCAAAGAUAUGUUCCUCAGGCCAGACUUGGACUGUUGUUUAGACUUCUCAAGUAACCGGCAAAAACAGAACCGGGAAAACGCAGCCGGAGCACAACACAAGAUUGCUCGAUUGAGAAGGUGGAUCAUGCACAGACUGGUGAACAUCACUGAAAGUGCAACAAAAAAAGAGGAGAACCUUGUGAUGGACAUUGCCAGGUUUUGCUUCUUCCAUGCUUUCUUUGUUGCUAAGAAAAAGACCUCCCAGAUAGGUGAGGCGAGUGUCCUUCCAUCAGAGCCCCUGGAUGAACGGGAUCAUACAGAGACAGAAAACUACUUCUUUGGGUUACUUCAGACUUUGAACACCCUGCCUGUUUUGGGGGAUACAGCAAAAGCUGCAGCCUUGAGGGAGAAGCACGUCCAUGGUGUGACUGCAGAUGGGAAGCUGUGGAUCUUCCUCCUGGUUGAGUAUGCCAACAAGCUGCUCUCCAGUGAGCAUGUCAAAGCUGUGAAACCUUUUACCAAGGAACAGAGGGAUAUCUGGGAGAGAACACUUCAGUCUGUGAAGAAUCUGCAGAAGAAGGAAAAUAAAUCAGACAGUGCCAAAGUUGGUGCUUUCCAGCAGCUUCUGCUUUCGAUGGCCAUUCAUCUUUUCAAGAAUCAGCCUGAAACAGUGGAUGUUCUGAGCGACCUCCUGAACUGCACAGAGAGAGCCUUCAGCAAAGAAGCCAAGAAGAAAAAGACUGACAACUCGGAGCCAGGAUGGGUUGAGGUGAUGGUGGAAAUCCUUCUCUCCCUCCUUGCCCAGCCCAGCCUACUCUUACGGCGGAUUUCCAAGAGUGUGUUUGUGUGGAUUUGCCCAAAUCUGACCAAGAGGGGCUUGCAACUGAUCCUGGAUGUUUUUGACCCAAACCAAGAGGAAAAUGAAGAAAGUGCCAUCGUCGUGAUGGAAGAAUCGAACAAAAAGACCAAAUUAGCGAAGGACACGGACGAGGAAGGGAGCGAGGACUCCUCGGAUGAAGACGACACUGACAGUGGAGAUGAGGAGGAGAACGAAGAAGUCGAUGAUGAUUUUCGCAGUCAGCUGAUGAAUGUUCUGCAAGCGGGGAAUGCACUGGGUGGAGGUGGGAGUGAUGAAGAGCUGGAUGAUGAGGCUAUGAUGGCUCUUGACAAGAACAUCUCAGCCCUUUUUGCGGAGCAGCAGAAACGGAUCCAGGCAAAGAAGGAUGAGAAAGACAAGAUCAGGAAAGAGAAGAUCCUACGGAGAGAUUUCAAGACUAAGGUGCUGGAUCUGAUUGAUGUGUUCCUGAUGAAGCAAGCAGAGAACCCCUUGGUGUUUGAUGUCAUUGAGCCCCUGCUUCAGUUGAUUGAACAGUGCAUGAGCUCAGGCUCUGACAAGCAGGAGGUUGACUUCCUCCGGAAAACAGCCAGUAUCUUCAAGAACUCGCUGUGCCGCAAUAAGCAGUACUGCAAGAGAGUGGACACCCUGCAGGAACACGUGCACACCUUAGUGCAGAGGCUGGUGAAGAAAGCCUGCAAGCACACUGACUCUGCAGUGGCUCUCUAUUACUUCAGUGCCUCAUUAUACCUGCUCAAAGUGUUGAAAGGAAACACGUCAUCAGCUGUUCCUCCCCCUCAGCCAGAGAAGCAGAGCAACAGCAGAGCAAAGCAGGAGUGUCAGCUGUUGAACCCAGGCUGUUUGGACGUGAUGAGGGUGGCUGUUACCUACCGCCAGGCACUGACCCAGUUCCUGAGCAAACGGAACAGUCCCCUCACGUGCUCCAUGUUCCAUGAUCUCUUCAAACGCUUCCCAAUCAUGUGUAAGCCAUUAGUAGACACCCUUGUCGAGUUUAUCACAGCGGCAGCCAGGCAACAUCAGCAGGCCAUGGCUUGUUUGCUUCUCCACAAGGUUCUGCUACUUCAUGAACUGAAGCUCUUCGUGACAGAGGAGGAGUGGGAGGAGUUGAUCAGCAGAAGCAUCAGCCAAGUGACAGAGUGUUUGAAAACACUUGGAAAACCCAUCAUGAAGGCUGAGAAAGAGAAAGUUGCCAAGAGCUUGGAGCUGUUGAACUUUCUCCUCAGAACUGUGACAGAGCAGAAGCUGAAUGUGAAGCUGACGGAGGUGGAGAAGGUGCUGCUGUCCCUGAACCAGCUGGAAGACAUCGGGAAUUCGCCCCGGCUCGACUCUCUCUACUGGAACGUGAUGCGCUGGCUCAAUCACACGAAGCCCAAGAAGGACAAGACAGCCAGUAAGCCUGUGCAGGACACGGAGCCGCUGAAGAGGAAGAAGAAAGGCUUCCUGCCAGAGACCAAGAAACGCAAGAAUCGCAAGAAAGGCACCCAGGAGAACGGGGUAGCACCGGCUGGAGAUGGAGAACCAGCAGCCCCAGAGGAGCAGCCCCUGGGAACAGAGACCCCCAAGCAGAAGAAAGGCCUCGUGCCUGGCGGCAGCAAACACAAGAAUCCCAACAAAGGGGUCAGGGAGAACGGAGUGGCAAAGGCGGGCGGUGGGACCCUCCCCGCUGUUAAUGGAGGAGAUGCUGUGGCUGACAAGAAGAAGAAGAAGAGGAAAAACAAAAACAGAAAAAGAAAACAGGAUGCAGGUGAUGAAGCUGAGCAGGUUCCAGCUGCAAAGAAACCCAAGGGGAGUGUCCUCCAGGAGACCCAGCAGAAGCAGGGCAAAGCCAACCAGCAGAAGCAGGACAAAGCCAAGAAGAAAAGAAAAGAGAAAAAAACUGCAGUGCUGCAGGAGUAAACUCCAUGGACUCACCCAGGCCUGGCAUGGCUCAGUAGACUGUUGUAAUAUCUUUUUUUAACUAUAGUUUUUAUGCCCUCCAUGACUUUUAAAUAAACCUUCCACAAUUCUGAGCUCUAAA